UAGAAUUCUUAGAACUGUGAAGCAGGUCAAGAGCUCACAGGUCAGUGUGAAGGUAGUAAUGAAACUCUAAGGACACUCGAAGAGUGCUGAGUCCUCAUCAGUUCUAGCUCAGCUAGAGGCACACUCUGCUACAUCACUUGUCACUGGUUCUUAUGAGGACAGAGUUGCUGCAGGUUUUUGACAGUCAGCUUUGCCUUUUGUAAUGUGACCCAUGCUCACAGGAAGGACUGACCACAUGGAAGGAAGAGGAGGCUGUGGUGGCAGAGCAAGGACUUUGCAAGAGUUCUUUAUGUAUCCAAGAAACAAAGUCUUUAUCAGAUGCAUGUAGCCAUGAAGAAGGUAUGCUAGUGCAUGUUGAUGAUCCCAGCACUGAGGAUGUGGAAGCAGGAGGAAGAUCAGAUCAAGACCAAGUUUGGCUACACAGGAAGACUAAUGGGAAGCUAGGAUACAUGAGACCCUUCUCAUUAAAAUAAGCAAACAAAUCUGUUUUGUCAACUGGACAUUAAUAGGACAGCAAUGUUUUCCUAAUGGAACAUCUUCUUAAAUGCUGAACAACUUAAGUUGAAUUUGUGAGACUAUAACUAUCUAGUCUUCAACCAAAUCAGAGAUCAAAGAAGGCAUUGUCCAGUGUUCACUGCCAUCAUGAUAUUGUUCAACAAAGAUUCUAGUCGCCAGGGAGGAGGUUUUGCUCUGUCCACCAUAGCAUGGAUUCUUUGCAUCACCUCCAUGGGCCUCCCACAGUGGCAAGUGUGGUACUCAAUGGAACCUAUGAUCUCUUACCCUAGUGUGGCCUUUGUUGGAGUGUGGAAAGCCUGCAUCUACCACCAUGACAACUUCAGUAAUAUCAGAACGUGUUACCACUACAGCUACCAUGACACCUUCAUUCCUUUGGAUAUUCGUGUUUCUCAGCACUUGAUGUUGACUACCAGCAUUUUAUGGCUAGUUGGAAAAAUGGCCACUGUUUAUGCUCUCAGAAAUGUGUACACGGGAAGACAAGAGAAGAGUGUCACCUACAAUGCCUUUGGCCUUUCAGCGAUUCUGAACAUCAUUGCCAGUAGCUUUGUCUUCCUUGCUGUCUUAUGUAAUUAUUUCUCCAUCAUAAAUAAGGAGGGGAUUACUUUUCCGCCAUCUUUCCAUAUGCCCCUUUACCCACAUAUUCGGCAGGUUGGCAUUGCCAUGGUAGUGGCAUUUCUAGCAGCCAUCCUGUUCUUGUGUAGUGGUGUGAUUUUCAUCUCUUACACAUUUCCCUUAAACAUACAAGUCCUUUCUAACAUUUGAAAGUGAAUGUGCAUCACCUUGAAAAAAUCCAAAACUUCAUGUUUUUUACAGCAAGAAUUUUUGAGAUGUUUAUCUCAAAACCAAGGACUCAACAAUGCCCAAAUGGCCUGCCUGUGACAGAAAAUGGUCAAAUGCCUCUUUACUAUCUUUUCUGUCUCAUUUGUUUUAUUACUUCAGUGGUUGGAUUAUGGACUUACAUUAAAAUAAACUUACCCACUUGUCAAU